AUGGUAACUCCUCUCAAACAGCCUAUUGUGUUCGAGCUGGAGGGCUUCUAUGUUCCACCAGGCUACGGUGCCUUCUUGUUCUUCCUGGCUCUGUGUAACUACAUGGUAAUGCUGUUUGCAAAUGGUGUGGUGCUGUCUAUCAUUGUCAUCGACAAGAACCUGCACAGACCCAUGUUUGUAAUGGUUUGUAACCUGGUAGUCUGUGAUCUGCUGGGGGGCACGACGGUGCUGCCUCGCUUCAUGGUGCACUUCUUGACGGGCCAGAAGAAAAUAGCCUACAUCUCAGCCAUCGCCCAGGCCUUUUGUGUGCACACCUACGGCUUUGCAAUGCAGACUAUUCUGGGUGUGAUGGCCUAUGACAGGUACAUUGCUGUGUGUGAACCACUCAGGUAUCACGCCAUCAUGACAUCGGCACGGCUGCACUCCUGCUGCGCCCUGGCCUGGGCUACAGCUGUGAUAUGUAUUGUUGUGCUUUUUGCCUUUCAUGUGAAUGCCCCGCUGUGUGGCAAUACCAUCAAACACGUCUACUGUAGCAACCGUGCUAUCCUUAACCUGGCCUGCGGUCCCACCCCAUUAAACAACAUCUACGGUCUGUCCAUGACCUGGUGCGUGAACACAAGCGUCUUCCUCAUCAUAGCUUUUUCCUAUUUCAGAAUCCUGCAUGCUACUGUAAAACAAGGCAGAGAUGCCCGCAGUAAGGCCUUUCAGACAUGUGCACCCCACCUUGUUGUGUACGUGCUCUACCAAAUAGCCUCAGUGGUCCUAAUUAUAAUUCAAAGGUUCCCCUCACUCUCGCAAAACAUCAAGAGGUUUUUCAGCAUCCUGUUUAUCGUCAUACCACCAGUUAUCAACCCCAUUAUCUACGGACUGGUCAGUAAAGAGCUACGUGCUAGCAUCCUCAAGCAUUUUUACAAAUGUACAAGACCAUCACAACAAAUUGGAGGAGCCUAA